ACCAAUUAUUUUGUAAUAUAUGAAUGGUGCUAACAGACGAUAGACCUGAAAGUAAGGAAGUGCUGCAGUGGAUGCGAGAGAGUAGUCAAGCAUGCCAUUUACAAGCUGAGAGGGGUGGACUCGGUGGAGGUGAACCUGGAGAUGGAGAGAGUUACGGUGGUUGGUACGUGGAGAGGAAGAAGGUGCUCAAGGCAGUGAGAAGAGCCGGUAAGCGAGCCGAGUUCUGGCCCUACCCGGACAUGCCUCGCUACUUCACUUCCUCCGACCAUUACUUCAAAGAUACCACCCGCGAGUUCAGGGAGAGCUACAACUACUACCGCCACGGCUACAACCUUAGUGACCGCCACGGUCACAUUCACGUCACCAACCGUGGCGAUGAUAAAGUGAGAAACUUUUUCAACGACGACAAUGUCCACGCCUGUCGCCUUAUGUGAUGAUCUUCCUCUUUUUUUCUUUUUUCUUUUUCGCUAUCUGUGUUGAUACAUAUUGUAUCUUCUUUAGGGUUGCUUAACUAGUUUGUAUGCAUAGGCGGGAGAAAAAAAAGGAGCUUUAUAAAACAAGAAAAACGAA